AUGCCCGUCCCCAACCUCACCCAGGAUGAGCUCGACGAGAUAUAUGCCUUUGCCGUGGACCUUGGCCGUAAGGCAGGUGACAUGUUGAUGGAGCGUGUGGAGCUUCGUAUCUCCGGUGGUGAGGGACAUACGCAGAAGUUCGAGGAGAAAGAUAGUUCAGUCGAUAUCGUGACGCAGACAGAUGAGGAUGUGGAGGUACUUAUCCGCAAUGCAAUCCACGCCAAAUACCCCGAUCACAAAUUCCUGGGUGAAGAAUCCUAUGCCAAAGGCCAAUCUCGCGACUACCUUAUCGACGAGCACCCAACAUGGUGCAUCGAUCCUCUAGAUGGUACCGUCAACUACACACACAUCUUCCCCAUGUUUUGCGUCUCCAUCGGAUUCAUCGUAAACCACAAACCCCUCAUCGGUGUCAUCUACGCACCAUUCCAAAACCAUUUCUUCUCGUCCUGCACCGGCCGAGGCGCUUGGCUGAACGAGAAACACCAGCUGCCACUUAUCCGCAAGCCUUCCAUCCCGCCCAUGCCCGCGAACGCGCCUUCGCAAUGUAUCUUCUCCUGCGAAUGGGGUAAGGAUCGACGCGAUAUUCCGGAUGGAAAUAUGCACCGGAAGAUUGAGAGCUUUGUCAAUAUGGCUGCGGAGCUGGGUUCGCGCGAUGGUAAGGGUGGUAUGGUGCAUGGAAUGCGGAGUCUGGGGAGUGCGACCCUUGAUUUGGCGUAUACAGCUAUGGGAUCCUUUGAUAUCUGGUGGGAAGGUGGAUGCUGGGAAUGGGAUGUUGCUGCUGGAAUUGCUAUUCUUCUUGAGGCUGGUGGACUCGUUACUACAGCCAAUCCGCCCGAGGAUCCGGAUACGGCGCCCAUUGAAGAUAUGCGGCUUGGUAGCCGGCUAUAUCUGGCUAUUAGACCUGCUGGACCCUCGGAGACCGAGACAGGUCGGGAAUCACAGGAGCGCACUGUGCGUGAAGUCUGGCGGCGGGUCCGUCACUUGUCAUACACUCGACCUGGAGCGUAA